AUGAGAAUCCGCAAGCACGCCAAGAUCUCCCCGCUCGUGUACGCCGCCGCGUCCAUCCACCCGGGGGCCGCCGUCCUCCAGACCCACGUCUGCCAGCUCAAUCAGUCGCCGUGGGACGUCAUGGACUUCUCCCGUCCGCCGCCCACCACCACCCCUCCUCCGCCGCCCCAGCUUUAUUUUAGGGUUUUCUGCAGGCCCGCCGCUAGGGUUCUGCAGAAAAGUGCGCCAAUCCGCGUGAUUGGCGGCUUAUUUAGCCUCGACCUUGCGAAUUAUUACGUCGUCGCGGACGCUGCCCCCGCCGCUAAUGGGAGCUGCGGAGGCCGUUUUUCCGCCGGGAAAAGCAACUUCACAGACCAGCAGUCGUUAUUUUCCGACGACCUCCCGGCGAAAACCGCCGCCGUGAAAUCGGAGGAGCCUCUUCUUCCACUACCUCCUUCUCCUCCGCCGCCGCCACCUCCGCCGGCGGCCGAGCAAAACGAGCCGGGCAAAAUCACCAUCUGCAGCAAAACCGACGGGAAGAACUGGAAGUGCAAGAGGGAGGCCUCCGGCAGCAACACUAUGUGCGACCACCACGUGUCCCAGAUGAAAAGCUACAGCAAGAAGCCCGGCCCAGAACCCCGCCGCCCGGCCCGGCCCAAGAAGGCCCCCUCCUCCAACCCCCAUGAAUUCUACUACUAUUCGGGCUUUGGGCCUCGGUGGGCCAAGAAAAGAGGCUCCGAUUGCAACAAUACUUCUGCUUCUGCUUCUUCUAAUGGAAAUGUCGAGCACAGGCACGAAAUCGAGAAGAAUUAUUAUUCAUCUGAAGACGAGUCGGAAUCUGACGAGCUCGAUUAUGAAGAUUUGGAAGAGGAUGAAGAAGAAGAGAAAAAUGGGAGGAAAAGAGGGAGAAAGCCCAUCAAGGCUAGGUCGCUAAAAUCGCUUAUGUGA